CGCGCGUAAAAAAGACUCAUGUGUCUUUAAGAGCGCGCGCAUUACAGGUGGGAUGACGCUGUCAGAGAGAUUCGGUGUGCUGGGGACGAUGCGUUUCGUGGGUUAACGCCACUCAUUUCUGCCCCUCUCUCGAUGCUGAAGAAAAGGUUGUGGUCUGUUAUUCGCUGCCGAAGACGGCUUCGGGAAUAUUUUCUUCAGACCCGACGCUAAUGCUGUAUCCAUGUGCAAUGCUUUUGACAGCAUUACCUCAACUGAAUCUAAAGGAAACCGGAGUACCCGGAGUAAACCCACGCUGACACGGAGAACAUGCAAUCUCCACACAGAAAGGCCUCCUGACCUAGCCGGGGCACGAACCAGGGACCUUUUUUGCUGUGAGGCAACAGUGCUACCCACUGAAUUUAGGUUGAUGACCCUAUUGAUAUGCUCCCCAAGUCAAGAAAAGCCCUUAGCAUCCAGGAAAUCGCAGCUCUGGCCAGAUCAUCAUUUAAUGGCAUCUCACAGGUGGUGAAGGACCAUGUGACCAAACCCACAGCUAUGGCUCAGGGCCGGGUGGCUCAUCUGAUUGAGUGGAAAGGCUGGUCUAAACCUUUAGACCCUCCAUCUGCUACACUGCAGUCUCACUUUAACUCCUACUCCCAUCUUAGUGAGGGCGAGCAGGAGGCCCGGUUUGCAGCAGGUGUGGCUGAACAGUUUGCGAUUGCAGAGGCAAAGCUCCGUGCCUGGACUUCUGUAGAUGAGGAAGACAUGGAUGACGAGUCUUACGAAGAGGAUCCUAUUAUUAAUGAUGAGCAAAACACCACAACUGAGAUUUCAGAUGCUGUAUUGUCCGAUCAAAAUUGCCCCGUGCCAAAUCAGUCUGAGACAGACAAUGCUCAAAUCCAGUCCUCUGAUGCGGCCGUCAUCCAAUCAGACACAGAUCGUAACAUGCAGGAACCAAGCUCCGCCCACAUUGACCACGAUGAUGCGGUCAUCUCAGAAGAAGUGCCACAGGGGGAAUUUUCAGAUGAGGAGGAAAACAGUGUCACAAAACCAGACCGCAGGCCUUUGUGGAGCAAGGGAGAUUCCUGCUACUACUCCACCUCCUACUCUGAGUCCGCUCUCUCACCUGAGGAAGGAGAAGAUGUGGAGGAAGGAGAGGACAACGUCUUUCAGGAAGUCAUCCGCUGGUACAGACACUGCAGAAGCAUCUCCGAUACUUCUGGGGCUUUGUCUUUCGAUGAGGUGGAGGAAGAGGAGCAGGAGGAAGAUUCAAAGCAGUGACAUUGUGCUCUCUCUCGUCCGUUUGUCUUGUUCCCUUUGUAGUAUCUUUUCUGUGAAUCGUUUGUCCGGUCUGUUGUGCAUUCACAGACGUGGCUGUGUCUGAAAGCCAAAAAUGCUGCCGUCACGGGUAGUAUGGGGGAUGUUCAUAGCCAAUGUUUCCUGUCUUCUAAAACGCCUUCGUCUGGUUGGUUUUCAAUCCCAUAUUACGUACAGUUGGUGGAAAUAAAAAAAUAGCAUCUGAAAAAAGAUGCUUAAAGGGCAAAAGAUGUACUAUAUGUACUUUUUCACAAUUUGUGACUUAUUUUUUCUGAGAAAUAAUGUAGUCACUAUAUAUAUUCAUUGUUAUCUCUAAAAUUUGGAUGCAGUUUUGAAACCACUCCUUAGGAGGUGACUUCGCUAGUGUGAAGUCAUUGGCCUUUAGGUUUGGGACGCAGCCAGUGAUGUGUUUUUUAUGCAUACUGUAUAUUUUAUCUGUUUCUGCUCUUUAUCUCCUUAUAUUUGAAGUAAGAGUUAAAAAACUCAUUUCCUGGUUUGAUUUGAGAGUAGGAGGAUAGUGACAUUACAGAACGAGUUUCCACUGUGGCACGCCGCUGUGUGAUGCUACUUAUCUGUGCGCUCUGUUGAUUCAGCAGCCUCGCAGUCCGUCACAUCUGAGUGACGGCACAUCUGUUUCCCAAUUGUAAGGAAAACAUUUUCAAAUGUCUUUUUUUUCUUUCGUAACUGUUCAAGUGGCAUAACGCUCAUUGUAAAUUGUCGUUAAUAUUUCAGGAUUGCGGGUUUCCAGAGGGACACAACCGACCCAGUUCUUUAUGUUCAUUUGAUUUGGAUGUCACGCUGAAAGUGCUUGUGUGUUUUGGCUUGCUCCAGAAAAGUUACGGUGCAAUGGAAGUUUAUCUGCUUUGAUGGAGCGUUGUAUAUCUCUGAAUAGAAUGUGCCUGUUCUUAUGAUCACUGUGUGAUGUAUAUUGUAAAAUGAGUGAGAAUCCUUUAUUAUAUUAUUAUAUUUCCUUCUAUUCUUCUCUUUAGCUUCACUUCAACAUAGGUGUUUUUUAUGUCAUCGGCUGCUGGAUGAACAGGUUUCUUGACGUUAGUUUGUACAACCUUGAAAUGCAGCUGUAGUUCAAUAGUACAUGAAUAUGGUCAAUGGCUUUCCAAACUGCAUUCAUUUGUGGCAGAAGCAUGGAGGAAAGGCAGUGUAAAUCCAAAACAACCAUUUUUAUCCUCAAUAUGAACCGCUAAUGUCAUGAUGUGAAUGUGUAACCCCAACCCAAAGUUUUUUUUUAAUUGUUUGUACAAAAAAUGUACGAGGUCAAAUGUGAAAAUUAUGAUUGCAUUAAAGUUAUGUGUAUAUUCA